AUGAUUUUGGAGGUGUUCGAUGCUAAACCAGACGGAGUAUCCACAUCUACAUACCUCGUGGAUAGGACUCUCCAUCGCAACAUUCUUUUACCCACCACACCACCUCAGUGGCAGUCCAUAGUGGUCGAAUCCACCUCCUCAACCUACCGUCUCAGCAUGAGACUCGCCUGCACUCCACACCACUUUGGCUUGAAGUGUGCGGUGGAGUGUCAGCCCAAGGCUGGUCGAUUUACCUGUGAUCGGCAUGGUAAUAGAAUCUGUGAGAAGGGAUGGAGUGGGGAGAACUGCGAUCGACAAAACCUCAAACUUUGGAAGUAUUUGUCUGAUUGUAGUUGUGUUAAUGGAUGGAAGGGUGAGCUCUGCGAUGAAUGCAUCACCUAUCCCGGUUGUCAACACGGAACUUGCGACAAUGCACCCUUUACCUGUCACUGCCUUCCCAAUUGGGGUGGUGCUUUCUGUGAUCAAGAUUACUGCGGUCGUCACAAACCCUGUUUAAAUGGAGGAAUCUGCAAGAAUACAAACAUCACUUCACAACCCUUUCAUUGCAUCUGUCCACGUGGUUACAGAGGUGAUACAUGCGAGAAAAAGUUGAAACCGUGUGAGCUAAAUCCUUGCAAACGUGGCCAUUGUCGUGGGAAUUCUGACGGUGGCUUCGAUUGCGUUUGUGAACCAGGAUGGCGUGGAGAGUUGUGUGAUCAAAAUAUCGACUUCUGUGAGCAGAACCUCUGCAUGAAUGGAGGCAGGUGUCAGGACCUAGACGGCCUAGGCUUCCGCUGUGACUGUCCACGAGGAUUUCAGGGCUCGGUGUGCCAACUACGUUCUCCCUGCAUCGAUUCGCAGUGUGUACACGCGCACAAAUGCACCCAAUUGGCCACUGCUUCUCAUGGUGGCAUCAAACACGACUGCCUCUGUUUGCCCGGGUGGACUGGCGAGCUUUGUGAUCAAAACAUCGACGACUGCGUUGACAAGUGUCUGAACGGAGGAACAUGUCACGAUUUAAUCGGUGACUACUACUGCACCUGCCCCGAGGGUUUCUCUGGUCGCAAUUGCGAGGUCAAUCGCAAAUGUGCUUCCAAUCCUUGUAAAAACGAGGGCGUCUGUGUGGAAGUCGAGGGUGGUUUCCAAUGUGUCUGCCCUGAAGGUGUUACUGGCACCCUUUGUGAGUUUGCUAGGCGUGGAUGUGAUCCAAAUCCAUGCGAGAACCAGGCUCCUUGCUACAAUCUCAGUCCCUACGACUACUACUGUAAGUGCAACGAAGGCUUUUAUGGUCGUCGCUGUGAACAUCGGCGUCCCUACUGUGGUCCAGAGGGUUGUUCAAGCCUUUUGGAUCCAUGUGCGGACACGAAGAGCUCCUUGCAGGUUCCUCUCCUUCCCGCAGUAACCUUCAAUGCCCAAUCAUCUGCUAUAUCGACAGAAUCUUGUGGAGAGCAUGGAAUUUGCCUCCAUGAUCCAGUUACUUCUCAGUACUCCUGUGUCUGCGAGAAUGGCUAUACUGGAAGGUUUUGCCAACAGUUGAAAGACAACUGUGCAGAGAUGGGACAUCUGUGCAGAAACGGUGCGACUUGCGUGAAUGGAGAGGCUGACGCCUUUUAUUGCCUGUGUACAGAGGGAUUCACAGGAACGUUUUGUGAACGUGAGCUACAGCCAUGCGACAGUGAACCCUGUCGGAAUGGUGCCUACUGUCAGCAAAUGGAGGUGACAGGUGACGUCUCCUUCCAAUGUCGCUGCACACCCGGUUGGUCAGGCCGAUGGUGUCACUUGCCAAUGCCACGCAGUCCAUGCCAAGUCUCUCAGCCCUGCCACAAUGGUGGGGUGUGUUUGGACGAUGCUCUAAGUUCUCACGGUUUCUUCUGUCAAUGUCCGGCUGGUUGGACCGGAUUGUUCUGUCAGACACGGUCAUUAGAAUAUCAAGCCUGCGAAAAUGGUAAUUUUUGCAGGAAUGGAGGUACAUGCAUCAAUGUUGGCGAAGGCAUUUACUGUCUCUGCCCACCGGGAUUUGCUGGAGGUCGAUGUGAAGAGGACAUCGAUGAGUGUCGCAAUAAUCCUUGUCAGAAUGGAGGCGAGUGUCGGGAUCUUGUCAAUGGCUUUGAGUGUAUCUGCGCUGAGGGAUUCAUGGGCGUGGAUUGUCGGCAUAACAUUGACGAAUGCGUAGACCAUCCAUGCGCUUACGGAGCGCGUUGUGUUGACAGGAUCGGCACCUAUGAGUGCAUCUGUCCUGAAGGCCGCAGCGGACGUCAUUGCGAGGAGGUGAUUGCCCCAAUAGCGCCCAAACCCCCAUCCUGUCGAUUCAAUCACCGAAUCUAUGACCAUGGUGAGAAGUGGGCCUCUUACUGUGCCACUUGUGAGUGCGUUGAGGGCAAUAUUGUCUGCAAAAGGGAAUUCUGUGGCUACUGGACCUGCCUGACUGCCAGCAGAGAGAACGAUCCUUUCGCGUGUAAAGAAGGUGAAGAAUGUCAUCUGCUGAGUACUGCGCCGUCGCCUCCCCUAUGCCUUACUCCACCGUGCUACGCGCGCGCUCGUUGUGUCAAUGCAAGCUUGGCCGAGAUCUCAGCUGUGUCGCCAACUCCGCCAGGACUACCACCGGCGUUGCCCGGAUGUCGGCCAGCAUCCGUUCGACUAACCAAUCAAUGCGCGAGGUUGGCGGUGGUUGUGUCACGUUCUCGAUUGCCCUACGGAGUCACCGUGGAAGACUUUUGUAAUGCGGUGAGGGCACUGCCAGCAGUGGAACAGACUCGCGCAGCGACCAAUGAGGGCGGACUUCUGGGCAUGAGUUGCGGUCUGGCUGGAAGGCAGUUGGAUUAUCCAUCUGACCUCGCUUACAUUGAGGUAACUCUAAGCUCAACAGACGAAAGAAUCCGCAAAGCCGAGGAUGGACGAGAAUUUGUUUUUGUACAGCGCUUUGCACACAGCAUAGCAACGGCCAUCCGUGAAAACGCCUCCACGAACAUCACCACACAAUUCCACCAUUUGCCUUCAUUUGCUCUCAUGGUUGGUGCAGAGUCUCAGGACCAUUAUUGGCAUACCAUUCUUCAUGGGGUCGCGGAGAUUAACGUGGAGACGGUCUUAGUCAAAGAUGAUGAGAUUCCACACAACCCGUUACUGGUGCCGCUGGCCUGUUGCUUGGUCGUAGCGGUGGGUGCUCUCUGCACCUGCAUUAUCUGCGUCUGUGCACACCGAAAACACCAGGAGUUGAUAGAGAAAUAUGCCGCCUCCACAACCACCAAGCAGCCACCCACCUCCUCUGUUACCGUCGUCUCCACUGCUCCCGGUGCAACCCUUGCUCCGCAGGCAGCGACGACUCACUACUACCAAACCACGAUCGUCUUUCCAACUCCUGGACAGCAGCAGCAACAGCAGAGAAGUGGCAGAUAG